AUGAACUAUCGUUUCUGUACUCCCCUUAAAUUGUCUGCACUGGGAAUGCUGCUCCUAGUGCUGUUUUUGAUGUGUAGUGCUUCAGCGCAGGGAGCGGUGCACCCUUCUAUCAUUCCUCCACGUGCCAGAGGUGGUCUCGUCUACCUAGAGGCGCUCAAGCAACACCAACAACCAGAAGAAGAAGAACAACAACGACAAGAGCGAAAAGAGGGUUACAAACAUAAAUACACUACCACUUCUGAUCUCCGCGCGCAGUACUAUGACCAGGCCAUCGACCAUAAUGAUCCCGCCGCCGGUCAGUUCCGGCAGCGCUGGUGGGUGGACCGCACCGCGUGGGACGACCAGAACGGGCCUGCGAUUUUGUAUGUGAAUGGCGAGGGGCCGGCCUCUGGAGUGCCGAACGGUGCGGUGCUGAAGUACAGCCGUGCUGUGCGGGCCGCUGUCUUCUCCCUCGAGCACCGCUUCUACGGCGAUAGCAUGCCGGCCCCACUCACAAACCGCAGUAUGUUGAAGCACUUGACCGUGGCGAACGCCCUUGCAGACCUGCGGGCAUUUAAACAGUACGCAGAGCAGGUGGUCUUGGGAAAGAAGGUGAAAUGGCUCAUCGUGGGUGGCAGUUACGCCGGGGCUCUGAGUGCGUGGGCGCGGACCGCAUUCCCGGAUGACUUCUUCGCCGCAUGGAGCAGCAGCGGGGUGGUAAAUGCCAUCUUUGACUACAAUGCAUUUGACGGUCAUUUACUGGAUGUGUUACCACCCGCUUGUGCAGUCGCCAUUCGCUCAAUAUUUGAGGAGUUUUCAGUGGCCUAUGAUGAUCCCGUGCGGCGAAAAAGUAUGAUGCAAGAUUUUGGUACACCAGAUUACUUCACUAAAGCGGAUAUGGCAUGGAUGCUUGCUGAUGGUUCAGCAAUGGCUGUUCAGUAUGGGUAUAAGGAUAACCUUUGCUCGGCGUUACAACCAGUUAACAUGAGUAACCCUUUUAAACAGUAUGGUGAUUUUGUAAGGUCACUCUGGGGGGACUCGUUUACAAGUGAUUGCUAUUACAGCACUGAAUGUUUGUCCAACGCGAAGUACAGCGAUCAGUGGGAUUCCAGCUACGCAUGGGUGUAUCAAUGCUGCUCAGAACUGGCGUAUUGGCAAAUAAGUUACCCGGGUAGUCUUCGACUAAGUGAUGUGACCACCUCAUACUUUAUCUCACAGUGCCGCGCAGCAUUCGGAGAGAUGCAGUUGCCUGAUACCUUUGCCUUCAAUAAGAAACACGGUGGCUCUCAUCCUGCAGCUACACGUGUGGUGGCAACACAAGGUUCGGAUGAUCCCUGGUUGCCUGCUGGCGUGACAGAGACACUUAACGAGGAGUACCCAGUAUUAAUAGCACAGUGUAACGGGUGUGGGCACUGCGGGGAUUUGAGUGAGCCGUCUUCUUCGGAUCCACCAUCCCUCGUCGCGCAGCGAAUGACACUAAGGAACUAUUUAGACACCUGGUUUCAAAAUUGA